GUCGGUAUUGCUCUACGCCGGCGUAGCUUUGUGGAAUACGUCGAGAAAAUCCGCUGAUAAGUUUUCCGAUAUUAUUUCAAGCGAAAUCAUUUUUCUCGUACAGGAUAGUUUCUAUGUUCAGUGAUAUUGUAUGCGUAAGAAAAUAUUGCCAUAUCUAUGUGGCAGAUUUCCAUUAAAUACUGUUAAAUUAGACUAAUUUAGGUGGUUUGUAGUUUAUAUAAGGGAAAAGACUAUGAUGUCACUCAGAGUUAUGAAAACGUUUCUGCUCUUGAGUCUGGCUCAAUCAUCGACUUCGGGUGUGAAACUAAACAAUCACAAUAGAACUGGUCACUUGGAUGGAUCUUGCUCGUUAUCGGACCAUACCAACAGAGCAUCUUGUGUGCGAUCUAGUGAAGCCUUAUUGUGUACUAGAGGCUUCACUAGUGGUUGGUUAUUAGGUGUAAGGUUUGAAAUAUCGCAUUUGAAGUUGCUGCAGUGGCCCGGCCGUUGUUUCAACGUGGGUCACCUUCAAAGACAUUUUCCUCAGCUACGGACACUGGAAAUAAGCAAUAGCACUAAUCUGAAAACUUUCAAGGGCCACUUUGACUCGGCAAGUAAAAUUGAGAAGAUCUCAAUGCAUGGCCUAACCUCAUUGUGGGAGGUGCCAGAAGUCAUGGUGGGAAAGAUGACGCAGCUAAGAGUAUUAGAUCUGAGGAAUAACACACUGAGGCAUAUGAAAGUCGGCUUGAUAAGCGGACCUCCUCAACUGGAAACAGUUUAUCUUGGAGAUAACAAAUGGGACUGCAGUGAUGGUGGACUUGACUGGCUGGCAAUGGAGAAUGAGAAUGGCACAGUGAGGAAAAAACUAGCUGAUUAUUACCAGUUGAUGUGCCACCAACAAUUGUACAGAGGGAAACCGCUGUACAAGGUUAUGGAUAUAAUUCGUAUGGUAAAAGAAACAUGUCCAGAAAUGUGCGUGUGUGCGAUGACUCACGUGGUGUCUGAUGCCAAAGGAGCUAUAAUACCACUGAUAACAGUCAACUGCACUAACAAAGAGCUCAAGGACCCUCCAGCGUCGUUGCCUCCCAGCACCACCACACUGCGCCUUGAGGGGAACAAGCUUACCAGCAUAAGGCAGCUGGUCCAGUACCCCCAGUACCAGAGUCUAAUGGACUUGUACCUUGAUAACAACAGUAUCCAAUCAGUAAAAGAGUUGGAGGGCUCCGAAUGGUUCUCCACAUUCAGAGUUAUGAGUCUUCGUGGGAAUUUGUUGAAGCAGAUUCCUGUAUACGCAUUCGACAAGGCCUUUCAAGGGAACAACAACAUCAUGCACGUCUAUCUGGGACAUAACCCUUGGAGAUGUGACUGCCACUUCGUCCCCAGGUUUCAAGGGUUGCUCCUGAAGUACAAGCGCGUCAUACGGGACUUAACGGAUAUAAGAUGCGCCAAGUCAGAUGAUAAGACGAUAUCCUUUGUUCAGAUUAGCACCAUGGCUUUGGGACACGUUUGCCGGAGUAGUGAAGUGAAUAUGCCAAUAAGUACAAUAAAUAUUGUGAAUUUAGUCCUCUUAGUGCUUAUUCUGAUGGUAGUGGGCAGAUUUCUUUAUGAUUGGCAUAGGUUUAGAGCUACAGGGAAAUUGCCAUGGAUUUCAUCUGUUAUGCCCUAAAUAUUUUUUACCUGUUAGCUGGUUUCACACUAACCGCGGCAACAGUUAUAUGACGCUAUGCGGCAAGUGCACAUCUCUUCUCUAGGUUGAAGCCAAUGACUUCUAUGUAUAGAAGUCAUUGGUUGAAGCAGUGUAUUUCAAUUUUGAUGCGUUCACAGUUCGCACAGCCGCAUUGCUGGGUAGAAAGCAUGCCUCGUGAAGCUGCCGCACUUAGUAUGGCGCUAGCUAAUUAAAUUUUUCUUCUGUGAUUUUAUUUAUAUUUGAAGAUUGAAUUAUUUUAAUUAAGUUAACUGUUAAUUCCCAUGUGCCUUAAUAAGAUUGUUAUACAUAUUUUGUAAAACACAUAAUUAUUACCAAUUAAUGAGAUUAAUACUGAGAUUAUGUAAAGAUUUAUUUUUAAGUAGGUAAGAUGAUAAAUAUUAUGUAUGUAUAAUGUACCUAUAUUAUUAAAUACCAGGUAAUACUAGCGAGCGUAGAAA